AUGGCAGGAUCCUCCGUCAUGCUCGAUGAUCCGGCAGCUUUCACGGGCCUUCUUACUCGGUGGGCGGUUCCUGAUGUGGUCAAGGAUAAACUCCAUGACGCAGGCUACAACACCAUGGCCCUCCUGGCCCAUGCUCUCCCUUCCUUGGAUGACCUGGAGGCGUUCGUCGAAGCGUUACUGGGCCGAGCAGCAGGUAUGGACCCGACGGUCCCCAUAUUCUCUCCGGAGGCGGCUGCUCUUCGUCGGGUGCUUAAAGAGUGUGUCAACCUGGCAGGGCCUGCUGGUGCUUCAUCCCCUGCGGCACCGACUCCGGCCGCGGCCAGACCUAAACUUCAAGCUGCUGACGUCAAUUCGCUUGUGGUGGAGUUCUCGCGCAAAUACCCUUCGGAGCUGCUUCGCCCCGAGGUCAUGCCAAGCCUGUCUUUCUUGAAUGCAGUCAAGGAUGCGGUUGAUUCCAAGCAGCUCUCCUGGAUUUCCUGGAGGCUCCGGACGAGUGAAUCGGAUGAACAGGCCCUCACGGAGCGAUGCAAGCCACGCACUGAUUCGCAGAUGCUACAGUCCCUGCUUGGUCCUGUCUCGGAUGAGCUGGUGGUGGAUGUUCCGCAGAACCUUCCCCUUGAAUCAGUGAUUCGGCGGUACUUAGACCGCAUGUCUUAUGCCUUGGCUGUUCUCGAUGCUUGCCACCUGCUGACUCUGAAGAAGCUCUCGGAGAAAUUCGUGAGCCUGGCGACGGCCGUCCCGAUUGACCGCUCCCUGCGAGGACCCACACUGGCUGAGGCCAUGGAUGCUGAUCGUGUACUGUGGAGCGCUAUCUGCUCUCUGCAGAAAGAAUACGGCUGGUCAUUGCAGGAUUGCGUCUCCGAGCUGACACAUGUCCGUUCGGACCUUCAUAAUGCUUUGGCUCCGCGACCGAAGAUGCCCCAGGGUGGAGGUGAUCAUCGCAGCAAACGCCAGCGCACUGAGCCACCACCCGCGCCACACCCGAAUCCUCGAGCCAAAGCCAAGGGAAAGGCCAAGCCGCGCAAGAGUGCGGAUGCUAACUCCUCUAAGGACCGCAUCUCUAUCAGCAACUGGCCGAGCAACUGGGCUCGCCAAAUCGGCGGGGAUGGCAUGGACCUUGAUCCCCCGCCUGACUUUGCUCCUGCGGUUGGUCUGCGCAAGGUGUGCGGAUCUCAUCCUUUGUCGGUGCGAGUUCUGAAUUUGCUUAUUUCUUCUAUGGCACCAGGAUUUUUCCACUCGUCUUUCGUCUUGAUCGACGGCAUUGCCUCGGAGGCACACUGUGACACAGCCAACUCGGACCUGCCAAACGUAGUCAUCCCCAUUUCUUCUUUCUCCGGUGGAGAGCUGCGGGUUGCGCACCACUCCGGGGCUGAUAUGAUGGAGCAUGACGGCAGCAGGUAUCCGGCAGUCUCCCUACCGGCGGCCUUGCCCAUUGCUCCACGCGCUCUUGCUCUGUCUGAGGAACAGCGGGCGUUGCUUCCAUCGACCAUUUACAGCAGUGCGGUCGGCGCCGCCACCCCGCUUCAGCCAAAGAUUUGCCCGGACCUGCCUCCCCUCCCCGAUUCGGACUUUGAUUGUGAAAGCAUCUCGGGGCGUUUCUUCCUGGAUAUUUGUUCCGGGGCUGGGGCUCCUGUGAGUGCGGCUAUGCAAGCCUUGGGCAAAGACUGCUUCCAACCGGUUGACAUCAUUCAUUGCCAGGAUUUGGAUCUUCUGGACGAUGCCUUUUUUGCUAGACUUCUAGCGCUAUGUUCUAGCGGCGUGGUGGGAGCGGCCAUUGCUUCUCCGCCCUGUGGAGAAUUCAGUGUUCUCAAACUUAGGCCGGGUGGACCACCCCCGUGCCGCACACCGGCGGAGCCACUCGGCUGUCUCUCCAACGACUGGCGUCAAUCCGUGGUGGCCCAGAACAGUGCCUUACUUCAUGAUCGGUGUAGGGAACUUCUCUCAAGUGUGGCGGCUCUCGGAGGCUGCAUCGUGUUUGAGCAGCCUCCAUCAUCCAUGACCUUUUUGACGGAGACCAUGCAACAGUGGGUGGCCAGCACCCUCUCUUUUGGUGCCCAGGUUGCUGCGUGUCAUCACGGUAUGGAUGUGUCCAAACGCUGGCUUUUCCUGUCCAACCGACCGGAGAUACUCGGCCUUGCAUCUGAGUGCCAUCAUGGUGCCAGGGCGCACUUUGCUGUGUGGGGGAUUCGUGCUGAUGACGGCAGCUUCCUGAGUCGUGUGACGGCUGCGUAUCCAAGUUCUCUGGCUAAAGUUUUGGCGGUGUCUUGGGACGUUAUACAUCCUCUCAGGGCCGUCUGCUUCCCUGCGCAGAGUGGCGCUCUGUCCUGCCCAUAG